AUGUCCGACGCUGACCAAGGUUGGAAGCCAAACCGUCGGCCGCAAUCGACCAUGGCGCAGGCCUUCUCUACCGCGCUGGACAGCGCGUUUUCACUUGAUUCAGAUGUCGAUUAUCUAUCGCAGACUAUUGAUCAAAAGAAGUUUCAGAUGAUUAUCCAGAACCGAGAACUAGAGGAACUCCAGGUCAAAAUUCGAGAUGCUGAAAAGCGUUUAAAAGCACGGCAAUCUUUAAUCCUGGAUGGAAGCAGCCGACCUGCUGACGCGCAGCAAGAGGGUGGAUAUCAAUCCACAGAAUCAGCUUCAUCGGCAACAUCCCCAACGGACAUGGCAGGCCAGUACUCCAGCGGCGAUGAACAACGACCGCAGGACAGAGAGGACCGGGAGCAGGGCCGCCACUCUUGA